UCCAAAACCCGCCUCGCCAGAACCGAGGAGCCAUUUUUGUUUCAUGUCGGAGAGCCCCAUUGACUACGUUUGAUGCAUUCUGGACUGUGUGGAGACACCUGAAACCUUUAUGCAUCCCAUCUUUGGAUGGGUACCAUGAAUUGUGAAGAGCCAGGUAUGGAGAGGGCAGUUCUCUCCUGGUCAAGAUUUGCUGCAGCUGGCCACACUGCCCUCAAGGAGGCCCUGAAGGUGUUCAAUCCCAUUUCCAAGGAUCUGUCGGACACGGAGAGGCAAAUGGUGACCUUUCUCCAAGAGUUGAAAGAUGAAGGUCAUAAGCCUGUGGUGCUAAGGAGCAAGGAUGUAUAUGGAUACAGGUCUUGCACAACGCGACCUCUCGCGUCAGAUAUCGGCAGUAGGAUUCAGAGAGUGCAAAAGCCUUGUAAAAAGCGAGGACGGAAGCUACCGGUGAGGAACAAAGAGGUUGGUUACACGUUUCUCAGUACAGCAGCCAAGGCCAUCCUCCAGAACCAGCCCAAGAUUCUACUGACCAAUCUCUCGGUGGACACUCUCAAGCAUACUGUUCUAUCAAAACCAACAGUGCCGACUGAAACCUCUGUCCAAGCACAGCAGUGCCUGAAAUUAACAAACAUAAAGGGUCUGACGGGAGGUCAUACCGCAAGGUUGCAAAUUCACUUUGGUGUGGACUCGCAAAGCGCAGUUAACCCCAGCAUUCAGUGCCCACCAACUCUCUCUGGGAUACCGUACUCUCCAUCAGAGAACAGCAGUCGAACAUUAAGUGUAGUAGCUCUGGACAAUAAAAGAGGCUUAUCCUGUCCGGUCAAAGUGGAUGAUGCCCUCAUUGGAGACUCUGCCCCAUUUGUUUGUCAAAAUGGUAUAAGCCUGAAAGAGGGCACCAAGAAGGUCCAGACGAUAUCAGGUCAGCCUGAUGUGAUGAGCAAUGGCUUUGAGUGUGCGGACAGUGAUUCAGUGAGGAGGCUGAACGCCCAGGGUUUAGGCUGGUCUCAGCCAGCACUUGUCACGAAUGGCCAGGAUGUGUCUAGACUGAAUGGAAAUGGUCUUCAGUGGAAAGUCAUCAAAGUGGAUGAAUCAGUCACUGAUGAGGAGGUGAGGAAAGAGGCUCAGAAAAUCUUGAGAGUUAAUUUAUCACCUGUGAUACAGAUUCAGCCACUUUUACACUCUGCAUAGACUAGAGAGAUUGAAAGGGACUUUUGUAUCCACAUAUACAGUUAGGUUUUCUUAUAUUGAGGUGUUACUUGGAUCGAAACGUGAUUCUUUUGAGUCUGGAUGGAGGUCUUAUCCCCAGUUAUGCAUUAUUCACAAGUGUAACUGACAUCAGUGAUCCAAAGAGGGAUAUUAGGCUAUGUUUUUGGUUUUCCUUUACAUAAAUGUGUCUCCUGCUUUCAUUUAUUCAUUGGAUUUUUGCCUUGAAUUUGAGGAAAUAAACUGAAGGAUAAAGCAUAUUUUGUCACUA